AUGUGGUUCAAAAUUUUUCCGCGGCUCUUAUUCAGCAAGCUAACUUAUACCGAGGUCCUGGUGAAGGGUCACGUGGUAUCCGGAUCGUCAAGGCAUUUUCUCACUCUGGAAUUCGACAACAUAUCCGAAAUGGCGUUCGAGAUAAGCAAGUUGGCUAAGGAGGAUAUCCCUUACUCUGUGGAGAUUGUCCAAAAAGCGUUUGAGGACGACCCGUACUUCCUCUGGGUUUUUGAUGCCCAAAAGUUUCGCGCAACGUGGCUGAACAGUGGCUACUAA